AUGGCUAUUGCAGCUCCAGGGCAAUUGAACGUUAAUGAAUCGCCCACUUGUGGAUCCAGAAGUGUCGAUUGCUUCGAGAAACUGGAGCAAAUUGGCGAAGGCACAUAUGGUCAGGUUUACAUGGCUAAAGAGAUCAAAACUGGUGAAAUUGUUGCUCUGAAGAAAAUACGUAUGGACAAUGAGAGAGAGGGGUUUCCUAUAACUGCUAUACGAGAAAUCAAAAUUCUUAAGAAACUACAUCAUGAAAAUGUGAUCAAGCUGAAAGAAAUUGUGACUUCUCCAGGUCCUGAGAAAGAUGAACAGGGGAGGCCAGAUGGUAACAAAUAUAGAGGUGGCAUCUAUAUGGUCUUUGAAUACAUGGACCACGAUUUAACUGGCCUUGCUGACCGACCUGGGAUGAGAUUUACAGUUCCCCAAAUUAAAUGUUACAUGAGACAACUGUUGACGGGGCUUCACUAUUGUCAUGUAAAUCAAGUACUCCAUCGUGAUAUCAAAGGCUCAAAUCUUCUUAUAGACAAUGAGGGAAACCUUAAGCUUGCAGAUUUUGGACUAGCACGAUCAUUUUCUAAUGACCAAAAUGCUAAUCUUACAAAUCGUGUCAUUACAUUAUGGUACAGACCUCCUGAGUUGCUGCUUGGGACAACAAAGUAUGGGCCUGCUGUAGAUAUGUGGUCAGUUGGGUGCAUUUUUGCUGAGCUUCUUCAGGGGAAGCCUAUCUUUCCUGGAAAAGAUGAGCCAGAACAAUUAAAUAAAAUAUAUGAGCUGUGUGGAGCACCAACUGAAAUCAACUGGCCUGGGGUUUCUAAGAUACCUUAUUAUAAUAAAUUUAUGCCAACAAGGCCAAUGAAAAGACGUUUGAGGGAAGUUUUCCGGCAUUUUGAUCAUCAUGCUCUCGAGUUGUUGGAGAAGAUGUUGACACUUGAUCCAGCACAGAGAAUUACUGCGAAAGAUGCACUUGAUGCUGAGUAUUUCUGGACAGAUCCAUUACCAUGUGACCCCAAGAGUUUACCCAAGUACGAGUCAUCACAUGAGUUUCAGACAAAGAAAAAGCGCCAACAACAACGGCAAAAUGAAGAAAUGGCUAAGCGUCAGAAAAUGCAGCACCCACAGCAGCACAGUCGUCUUCCCCCCAUUCAGCAGCCCGGACAACAUGGUCAAAUGCGGUCAGGACCAAACCAACAGAUUCAUGGCUCUCAACCCCCAGUUGCUGCAGGACCUACUCAUCAUUAUGGCAAGCCUAGAGGUCCAUCUGGUGGACCAGGAAGAUAUCCUCCCAAUGGAAACCAAGGCGGAGGAUACAAUCACCCAAAUCGAGGAGGUCAAGGUGGUGGUUAUGGCACGGGACCUUAUCCUCCCCAAGGGCGGGGUGCACCUUAUGGGUCCAAUAACAUGCCUAGUGGUGGUCCCCGUGGUGGCGGUGGUGGUGGUGGCGGCGGGGGCAGUGGCUAUGGAGUUGGAGCUCCAAAUUAUCCCCAACAAGGUGGUCCAUAUGGGGGUUCGGCAGCUGGUCGUGGCUCAAACAUGAUGGGUGGAAACCGCAAUCAACAGCAGUAUGGUUGGCAGCAGUAAAUAUACUUUCUUACGAUGAUCAGUAUUUGCACUAUGAUUUGGCAAUACCCUGAUAAAUUUGAGACAGAUCGGACUAUUAAUGGAUCAAGUUAUUUAGAAGAAGAUAUGAGAUCUGACCUCUAUGGUUUGUAUACUAUUGAGAUAUACUAUUCUCAUUAAGUACCUGGAAACCUUUGUGAUGCGUGCAUGCACCUUCAGUAAUGUUUGGUGCUCCUAAUCAUAAGGGCUCCACGAAAGAAGAGUGAACCUCCGAUUUUUUAGUUUUUUUUUUUCUCUAUACUCAUUGAAUCCUGUGCAUUAUGUAUGGACGAUAGCAGCAUAUUUCAAAUGUGUUACAAACAGCUGCUUACUGAUAUUCUUUUCAGGAUACUUCCUUGUA